AUGCAUGCCCGCCCCGGACACCGACUCCCCACCCCGCCCCCCGUCGCCAUUGCGCGUCUGCGGGCCGCGAUAGACACCGUGGACGCGCAAAUGGCCGGCCUCCUCAACGAGCGUUCGACACUUGAGACAAACCUCGAACGUGCCGUGCGCCUGCAGUCCCCCGUCAACCGCCUCCCCUCCGAGCUUCUCGCCGCGGUAUUCACUCUAGCAGUGAAUAGCGACGAUGACCCUGCCAUGCUGUCGGCCCUCAUGCUCGUCUGCCGCUACUGGGCGCAGCUUGCCAUUGCAACCCCCUGUCUAUGGGCGACGAUCACCGUUAGUGCGCACGAGUCCCUCGAGCGCGUCCGCAGGCGGCUGGAGCGGUCCAAGGCGUGCCCCCUCGACGUCAGCAUCUGCUUCGAGCAGCGCGCCGAGCUCGCGAGCAUCUGCACACCCGAGCAGCACAAGCACCGCAUCAUGGACCGCGUCGUGCGUGCCAUGGACCUCAUCCGCCCCGCGCUCUGGCGCACGCGCCGCUUCCGCCUCGCCGUCCCCACCCGCGCGCACGCUCACGCUGCGCUCGCCCGCUGCCGCGAGGACGCGCCGGUGCUUGAGGCCCUCGCGGUGGAGAUCGCCGAGCCUGCCCACGGAGAGCCCUCGCCGACGUCCAUGCUCCCCCUCUUCAACGGCUGCACCCCGCGCCUGCGUGCGUGCGCCCUCGCCUCCUUUAACUUCGGCUGGCAGCCCAAUCUCCUGUGCCACCUCCGCGUCCUCGCUCUCGGUGGCUACUUCAACGGCGCCGCCCCCGAUCCCUCCACCCUUCUCGGCGUCCUCCAUGCAUGCCCGGAGCUCGAGGAGCUCGCGCUCCGCAAUGUGCACGACCCCGAGGAAGCAAUGGACCGCAGCCUUGCGUUCUGCAUACCCACCACCGCUUCCUCGGCAUCUGCCGCGUCGCGGGGACUUGCUCUUCCUGCGCUCCGCCGCUUGUCAUUGUACUCCGUCGGCUCUACCCUCGUAGCGGCGCUCGCCGGGGCCCUUGUCUUGCCAGCGCUCGAGUCAGUCGAGCUUUGCUACCUGCAAGCUGUUGGUCCCCUUAUCCAGUUGCUUCAUGAGCAAUCCCUCACGCGCCUUCCAUUGCGCGCCUUCCGCGUUGAGGCUUGCUAUCUCGACGAACUCCGGUUCGCGGGUCUCAUCCGGCGGUUGACGUCUCUGACUCGCCUCGAGCUCGUUGAUAUUGACGACCUCUCCCCUGCCUUCCUGAAGGGCCUGGCCGCCGCGCAACCUCCAGUGUGCCCUCGGCUCGAGACACUCAGCCUCGAGGCGUGCACGACCAUGGAUUGGGACGCAAUUCGCACUUUCGUCGAGUCUCGCAGCGCCGCUAGCCCCGUCAACGGCGCUGGCGUGCGCUCCCAGUCGCACGACCGAGUCCGAACCGCGUCUGCGCCCAUGUCGGCGUCGAUGUUCGCCGCGGGGGCAGCCCCGACGUACGUCCCGACCGGUUACUCCUCGGCCUCGGCAGCUGCAGCAGCGUCUCGCGCACCCUUCCCGACCACGGGCUUCUCAUCUGCAUCGGCCUCUGCCGCCGUUCACGCCAUGCCCCGGACACGCGCGCAGACGACCCCACCUCGAUAUGCGCAGCGUCUGCAGACGAUCGAUGUCCGCCGCUGCCACCAAAUCUCGCGUGAGAUGGUGCAGUGGCUGCGCAUGUACGUCCCCGAGGUGCGCUGCGAGUCGAGCAGCAGCAGCACCUCCUGGCGCACCGCCUGGGCCCAACAAGGGCUAUAG